CCGUGCCCUCCCAGCGCCUCCCAUUUGCAGCUUUUUUCCCCCAUUUCGUCGCCCUGACGCCAUCUCCCCGCGCCAUGAAGCCUCCCCCGCGGCCCCGCCGGGUCCCGGCCCGGUUCGCGGAGGCCCCGGCGGGGAGGCCCCGGGCCGCGGCCUGGUCGCUGCGGGAGAAGCGAUCGCUGCUGGCGGCGCUGCGGGCCCAGGCCGCGCUCGGCCUCCCGGAGCUCCAGGCCCGGCCGCUGAGGGAGAGCCUGGCCCGGCGGAGCGAGGCCGAGAUCCUCCACCUGGUGUCGCGGCUGCGGGGCCGGGUGGCGCGCAUGGCCGUGGGCACCCAGCACUGCGCCUGCCUGGAGGAGCAGCGGCACCACCGAGCCCGGCGCCCGGCCCCCAUCGAGGUGAGACCCCCCCCAGCUUUUUCUUGUAGCCCUUGA